GUAGAAACAGCUAGCCCUGAGUUCUGGGAGAUCCAGCUGCCUCUGAGGGAAAAAGCCAGACAAAAUGGAGCCUAGCACAAUGCUUAAACAGGAAGUUAGCCCUGUUGAAGAAGAAGCCAUGGGUCCAUCACCAAAGAAAAGGUGCACCGAGGACAUGGUGUCAGAAGCUCCUGUCAAGGUGAAGGAAGAAGGUGAAGCUCCUGUCAGGGUGAAGGAAGAACGUGAAGCUCCUGUCAGGGUGAAGGAAGAACGUGANUCUCCUGUCAGGGUGAAGGAAGAACGUGAAGCUCCUGUCAGGGUGAAGGAAGAAGAUGUUUCUGACAACGAGGAAGCCCAGGUGGGGAUGACUGAGGGUGAUUCCAAGCCACCUACAGUCUUUCUGCGAAAAUGUGAUAAAAAACGGCUGAAGUCUGAGGCAGAAGAUGCCAGUCCACAAGGUUCUCUGGCUGGUGGUGCUCUUCAUCUCAAAGAGGAAAUUAAAGUCGAAGCUGCAGAGGAAAGUGUCAGCCUUGAGCACUCUGCAAGCACUGCUAAUGCACCAGCAACAUCUUCACUGGCAAUCAGCUGCUACGUGCUCCCACUGGGCCCAGAGGAGGCUAAUCAGGAAAUAAAAUAUGCCCUGAUGGCAGAAAUCCGACGCUUCGGACGCCAUUAUGGGAGGAUUUUCGAGCUGCUUGAAGAAGUGCAGGGACCUCUGGAAGUCCAGAUUCAGUUUGUUAAGUUUGCCAUCAAGGAAGCCGCAAGAUUUAAAAGAUACCACUUGAUAAGUUACCUCGACGAGAUGCUGGACAAACUAAUGUCCGAAAGCACUAUCAGGGGCAAUCUAAACCUGAGCGCAUGAUCCUGUUAUUACUGUGGUCAGCAAGAUGCAGCAAAUGGUUUAGUGUGUUCCUGGAUGUAGGAGGAGGAUGCUGAAGUCCCCGUGAAUGUAUUAGCUAAGAUAAUUACCUCUAAGAAAACUGUCUUAAACUACUUUUAAUAAAGAUGGGCUUUCUCCCUGUGCCUUUUUUUUGAAAGCAU